CGGCUAUACCCAAGAACCUUUUUUGCACAGCGUGUCAUGCCUGACCAUACAAAGCUUUACGUUGCAGGUGUUUUUAUGCUGGGCGCAGUGUUGACUGUUUUAUAUCGAGCACAAAACCAGCAUGCUGAUGAUAGUGAGGAAGAUCGGGACGGCAAGCGUUCUUCAAAACAGUUGCAACAAUUAUUAGCAACUCUCUCGAAUGUGAAUGAUUUGGAUGCGUUGAAAAAGAGAUUAGCAGAGGUUGGUCAAACGCUGGAGAAGAUGGACGGGAACAUCCGAGAGGGAGUCGAAGGUUGUAUUGGCAACACACCUCUUAUAAAAAUAAAAUCGCUUUCUGAGGCUACAGGGUGUGAAAUUCUGGCUAAAGCAGAGUUCCUUAACGGUGCGGGUAACAGUCCCAAGGAUAGAGUUGCGUUAAAAAAAGGACUGCUUGUGCCACAUUCUGGUGAUACAAUCUACGAAGGCACUGUGGGCAGUACCGGUAUCUCGCUCGCUGCGAUUUGUCGCGCGCGCGGCUACAAAGCCCAUAUCUGCAUGCCAAACGACAUGGCUGUUGAAAAAUCAGACCUCUUGCUCAAGCUCGGAGCUGAAGUGGAAAGGGUGCGUCCGGCCCCUAUUGUCGAUCAGAAUCAAUUCGUCAACUUGGCCCGGAAAAGAGCCAAAGAGCAUACUGAGAAUCCAGAGAAACCCGGCAGAGGAUUGUUCGCAGAUCAGUUCGAGACGGAGGCAAAUUGGCGUGCUCACUUCACAGGUACUGGCCCGGAAAUCUACGAGCAAACGGCCGGUCGCCUAGAUGCAUUCAUCAGCGGCGCAGGUACUGGUGGCACCAUAUCCGGUGUUGCUAUGUCGUUGAAGUCAAGAAUACCUAAUCUCAAAGUGGUGCUGGCUGAUCCUCAAGGAAGCGGUUUAUUCAACAAAGUCAAGUACGGUGUUAUGUUUGACUCAAAGGAAAGAGAAGGGACCCGGCGGAGACACCAGGUCGACACUAUAGUGGAAGGCAUCGGAAUUAACCGUGUCACCCACAAUUUUGAGGUGGGUAGAGAGCUUAUUGAUGACGCUAUCAGAGUAAAGGACGAGCAAGCUAUUGGUAUGGCACGAUGGUUGGUUGAAAACGAUGGCAUUUUCGUUGGCAGCAGUAGUGCUGUGAAUUGCGUGGCAGCUACGCAGCUCGCAAAGCAACUCGGCCCGGGACACCGCAUUGUAACACUUCUUUGCGACAGCGGCGCAAGACACCUCAGCAAAUUCUGGGCCAACACUGAGCCCAUUGGUGGUACUGAACAAGACGUGUCACUGGAGAAUAUCCUGAAUCCAUGA